UUGGUCAUUUCAACGCGGCAAAAAUGAGCGCAGAAGCGUCUUUUCGUGUGAACCCGGCGUCAGCCAUUUUGUGGAAUAUCGAAAAAGUGAUUGAAAUUAAUUAUUAUCCAGCCGCACUGCCGCGAUCAUUAUUUAUUUUGGACCAGGGCGGCUGAAGUAGCACAAUGUAUUUGUAUAAUUUGACUCUGCAAGGCUCUACAGCCAUAACACAUGCCGUCCACGGUAAUUUUUCGGGCACGAAGCAGCAGGAGAUUAUCAUAUCCAGGGGCAAGACCUUGGAACUCCUGAGACCGGAUCCCAACACCGGCAAAGUGCACACGCUGAUGAAGGUGGAAAUAUUUGGAGUCGUGAGGUCUAUUAUGUCCUUCCGAUUGACCGGCGGCACUAAAGAUUACAUUGUUGUUGGCUCCGACUCUGGCCGCAUCGUUAUCUUAGAGUACAUACCAGCCAAAAAUAUAUUGGAGAAGGUGCAUCAAGAGACGUUUGGCAAAUCAGGAUGCCGAAGAAUAGUGCCAGGACAAUACUUGGCUAUAGAUCCAAAGGGUCGAGCGGUAAUGAUUGGUGCAAUUGAGAAACAGAAGCUUGUAUAUAUUCUGAAUAGAGAUGCUGAGGCCCGGCUUACAAUUUCAUCACCAUUGGAAGCUCACAAAUCAAACACUCUUGUUUACCACAUGGUUGGUGUAGAUGUCGGGUUUGAGAACCCCAUGUUUGCUUGCCUGGAGAUAGACUAUGAAGAGGCCGACUCGGAUCCUACAGGUGAGGCUGCCCAAAAGACGCAACAGACAUUAACAUUUUAUGAAUUGGAUCUUGGAUUAAAUCAUGUAGUGAGAAAAUACUCUGAACCAUUGGAAGAACACGCUAACUUCUUAAUAACAGUUCCCGGGGGCAAUGAUGGGCCGUCGGGUGUACUUAUUUGCUCAGAAAACUACCUAACAUACAAGAAUUUGGGAGACCAGCAUGACAUAAGAUGUCCCAUACCUCGACGGAGAAAUGAUUUGGACGAUCCAGAGAGAGGCAUGAUUUUUGUAUGUUCUGCUACACACAAGACAAAGACCAUGUUCUUUUUCCUGGCCCAAACAGAGCAGGGUGAUAUAUUUAAGAUUACAAUUGAGACUGAUGAUGACAUGGUCACGGAGAUUAAGCUGAAAUACUUUGACACUGUUCCCGUUGCUACGUCCAUGUGUGUCUUAAAAACUGGUUUUCUCUUUGUAGCCAGUGAAUUUGGCAACCAUUACCUAUAUCAAAUAGCUCACUUGGGUGAUGAGGAUGAUGAGCCAGAGUUCAGCUCGGCCAUGCCUUUGGAGGAGGGAGACACAUUCUUCUUUGCCCCUCGCCCUCUGAGGAACUUGGUUCUUGUGGAUGAACUAGAUUCUCUAUCACCUAUAUUAGCAUGCCAUGUCGCUGACUUGGCUGGUGAGGACACACCUCAAGUGUAUUUGGCGUGCGGUCGAGGCCCCAGGUCAUCAUUGCGAGCUCUAAGACAUGGUCUAGAAGUGGCCGAGAUGGCUGUGUCGGAACUGCCAGGGUCCCCUAAUGCUGUGUGGACUGUACGAAGACAUAAAGAUGAUGAGUUUGAUUCUUACAUCAUAGUAUCAUUCGUGAAUGCCACCCUAGUCCUGUCUAUCGGUGAGACUGUAGAGGAAGUGACGGACUCUGGUUUCUUGGGAACGACUCCGACGCUGAGUUGUCAUGCCCUAGGCAGCGAUGCUCUCGUACAAGUGUAUCCAGAUGGUAUUCGACACAUUCGCUCAGAUAAGCGUGUCAACGAAUGGAAAGCCCCCGGCAAGAAGUCGAUCGUCAAAUGCGCCGUGAACCAAAGACAAGUUGUCAUUGCCCUGACUGGAGGAGAACUUGUUUACUUUGAGAUGGACCCUACUGGCCAGUUGAAUGAGUAUACGGAGCGGAAGAAGCUGUCAUCGGAUGUGUCUUGUAUGGCUCUUGGGUCUGUGGCUUCUGGUGAGCAGAGAGCCUGGUUCCUUGCUGUGGGGCUGGUGGACAAUACCGUCAGAAUCAUAUCCUUGGACCCAGCUGAUUGUCUAGCGCCGAGAUCCAUGCAAGCUUUACCUGCAAGUCCAGAAUCUCUAUGUAUUGUAGAUCAACCUUUCGAGUCUGGUGCAAAAUCAGCUCUCCACUUGAACAUUGGACUCAACAAUGGAGUACUUUUGAGGACCACUUUGGAUUCUGUUAGCGGAGACUUGGCUGAUACCAGGACAAGGUACCUUGGUUCACGUCCUGUGAAACUGUUCAAAGUAAGAGUGCAGUCUGCAGAGGCAGUUUUAGCAGUUUCGUCAAGAACCUGGCUGGGUUAUCAAUAUCAAAAUCGGUUCCAUCUCACACCGCUGUCUUAUGAGUGCCUCGAAUAUGCUGCUGGUUUUAGUUCAGAACAAUGUACGGAGGGUAUAGUCGCAAUUUCAUCUAACACCUUAAGAAUUCUGGCUCUGGAGAAACUUGGUGCUGUAUUCAAUCAGACAAAUGUGCAGUUGGAAUAUACGCCUAGAAAAUUCCUUAUCAAUACAGACAACAACCAAAUUAUAGUACUAGAAACAGACCACAACUCUUAUACAGAAGAAAUGAAGAAACAGAGAAGGGUACAGAUGGCACAAGAAAUGAAAGAGGCGGCGGCAGGCGGGGCUCCGGAAGAGCAGCAAUUAGCUAAUGAAAUGGCUGACUCUUUCCUCUCUGAUGUCUUGCCAGAAAACAUAUUUUCCUCUCCAAAAGCUGGAGCAGGUAUGUGGGCGUCACAGAUUCGUGUAGUAGACAUGAAUGCUAACGGACAACCCAGUACAGUCUUCAAACUGCCGCUAGAACAGAACGAAGCGGCAGUGUCGUGCUGUAUCAUCAGAUGGUCAGCGCACACCGAACAUGCAGUACCACAUUUGGUAGUUGGUGUAGCUAAAGACAUGGUGUUGUCCCCAAGAUCGUGUACUGAAGGAAGCUUACAUGUUUAUAAGAUCUACACAACUGGUAAACUAGAGUUAGUACACAAGACGCCGAUUGACGAGUACCCUGGUGCAUUAGCCGCGUUUAAUGGUAAACUAUUAGCCGGCGUCGGCAGAAUGCUCCGAUUGUAUGACAUCGGCAGAAGAAAACUGCUAAGAAAAUGCGAGAACAGACACAUUCCAAAUCUUAUUGCCGAUAUAAAGACAAUUAGGCAGAGGGUUUUCGUAUCUGAUGUCCAGGAAUCUGUGUUCUGUGUAAAGUAUAAGAAGAGGGAGAACCAAUUGAUCAUAUUCGCUGAUGAUACCAACCCCAGGUGGAUAACUAAUAGCUGUAUAUUAGAUUACGAUACGGUCGCCAUGGCUGACAAGUUUGGGAACAUCGCUAUAAUGAGACUGCCUCAAUCCAUAUCUGAUGAUGUGGACGAAGAUCCAACGGGAAAUAAAGCGCUCUGGGAUAGAGGUCUGUUGAACGGUGCGUCGCAGAAAGGGGAUAUAACAGUGAACUUCCACAUUGGUGAAACUGUGACGUCACUGCAAAGAGCUACCUUGAUACCUGGUGGUUCUGAAGCACUGUUGUACGCUACUGUCAGCGGUUCUCUCGGAGUUCUACUGCCUUUCACCUCACGAGAAGACCACGACUUCUUCCAACAUCUAGAAAUGCAUAUGAGAAGCGAAAACUCACCUCUAUGCGGCCGAGACCAUCUGUCCUUUAGAAGCUACUAUUAUCCGGUCAAAAACGUGAUAGACGGAGACCUGUGUGAGCAGUUCAACUCCCUGGAGCCGGCCAAGCAGAAGGCGAUAGCAGGAGACCUGGAGAGAACGCCGGCUGAGGUCUCCAAGAAACUAGAAGAUAUAAGAACUAGAUAUGCAUUCUAAGAAUAAAGCCAGAAUUGAAAGUAAA